GAGAGAGACACUGAACGCAGAACAGCGUUGCCGUUUUGAAGGACACAAAACGACGAAGCAAAGCGCGUUUGUAAGAGCACCUUAACUGACAACUGUACCAGUGGAAAAUCAACGACGAUUCUAUUCAGCAGCUCGCUGAAGCAGUGUGCCCAAGCACCGGGAGAAGGUUCUAGAAGAACCGAAUGGGAAAAUCGACGAACGGUAACAGAGACUGGACGCAGAUGUACGCGAUCUACGGAAUGGAGCAGCGCCAAACCCUAAUUUUCCUCCUCUGCCAGGCUAUGUUCUUCUCUGUGUUGUCUGUUCUGUAUCUUCUUUAUUUUGAUCUCGUUUGCAACUUUUUCGAGCGAAUCUUUUCCGGCGCCGGCGGCACGGCGCGAUUUGCGGCAGGAAUCACUGGCUCGGUCACGGCGCUCUCCGCGCUGUGCCUCUUUUUUGCGGCGGCGAACUUUUUUUACUCCUCCGUGCCGCUGCACUUCGACAUGGCUCAGCGCAUAGUCUCCGCCGUGCACGACUGGUCCUCCGUGAAGCUCGCGCUUGACCUCGGCUGCUGCGGCCGCGGCAUCCUCCUGAACGCGGUGGCGACGCAGAUGAAGAAGGAAGGGAGUUCCGGCCGCGUCGUCGGCCUGGACCGGUCAAAGCGCACGACGAUGUCGACUCUCCGCGCGGCAAAGAUGGAAGGAGUCGGCGAGUACGUGACGUGCCGCGAGGGUGACGCGCGGCGGCUGCCGUUUCCGGAUAACUACUUCGACGUGGUGGUGUCCGGCGUGUUCGUGCACACGGUCGGAAGGGAGUACGGCGCUCGGACGGCGGAGGCCGCGGCUGAGAGGAUGCGCGCGGUGGCGGAGUUGGUUAGAGUAAUGAAGCCUGGUGGAGUGGGGGUGGUGUGGGACCUAUUGCACGUGCCGGAAUACGUGCUUAGGUUGCAGGAGUUGAAGAUGGAAGAUGUAAGAGUCUCCGAGCGUGUAACGGCCUUCAUGGUGAGUAGCCACAUCGUUUCAUUCCGGAAGCCCAGUCAACACGUGCAUGGACCCCCCGAGGUUCGCCUGGAUUGGAGAUUAUGUUGACGGUGGAAUUUUUCACACUGAAUAGAAAAAUAAUAAACAUAUAUCAUACUGAGAAAUGUUUUUGUUAAAAUGUUUUAUCUUUUUUUAAAAAAGAAAAGAUAUGAGUGAAUAUCUUAAGGUUAGUUUAUGACUGGGGAGGCGAAGUCGAACCAGAUGUUGAAAAAAAAAAAAAGAAUGUAAACUGGAUAGCUUAAUAACUUGAUGACAGAUCUGGAACAGAAUUUUUGUAUAUGUUGAUGGUUAUAUAGAUAGCAAUGAAAUUUCAACACUUAUAUUGUUCUUA